ACAUCCAAACAGAGCAUAAAACAUCCUGCGUCUGCUUCUUAUGCUUCCAUCUUCCAAAAUAUCAUCUGCGUUUCUCAGCUUCUGCUUCUUCGAUUCUCCAUCUGCGUUAUCUUCUGUCACCUCUCAUUCUUUCAAUCAAUGUCCUACAUUGUUGAUAGUAUCUGCGAUAAGACACUAAAAAUUCAGAAUAUCACACUAUGGAUUUGGAGACUGAAGUGGUGCAUAAUGGCAAAUGUCACUGUGGGAGAGUGAGAUGGCGGGUCAGAGCACCAAGCAGUGUAAUAGCUUGGAAAUGCAACUGUUCUAAUUGCGCCAUGAGGGGCAAUACCCACUUCAUUGUCCCAUCUAAAAAGUUCGAGCUAUUGGGAGAUUCAGAAGAGUACAUUACGACCUACACUUUUGGUACUCACACUGCUAAGCAUACAUUCUGUAAGGUUUGUGGCAUAACUUCCUUUUAUAUUCCACGAUCAAAUCCCGACGGAAUUGCAGUUACGUACCGGUGUGUGGACCCAGGAACACUCAAUCAUGUUGAGAUUAAGCAUUAUGAUGGAAUGAAUUGGGAAAGCUCAUACAAUCAGACAGGGAUUGCUUCAUGUUCAAAGGGGGAGUUGAACUGAAGAACAAACGUGUGAGGAAUUACGACAAGAUGUUGAAAAUGUAUGGAAGGGAUAGAACUGAUGGGGCUGGUUGUAAGACAACAUGUACCAGUAAAAGAUAAAGGAAGAGGAGUGACAAUGAACCUGUAAUGAGUGUUGAGGAGAUUGACCAACAACUUAGCCAAAAUUCAGGUGAUAAUUUCAAUUUUGAUGGUGUGGAUAACUGUGAACGAUGCUCCAACGACCAAAACACCUACUUCGAAACCCCAACCUGAAUCACAAAGUUUUUAUAGGCAAAAGAAAUCGAAAUAUUUGUCUGCUAUUUUAGAGGAAGAUUACCUAACUCAGCAAGUUGGAAUGGUUGCUAUUACAAUCGAGAAAUUGGUAACAAGCACACAAAUUUGUGUUCCAGGAAGCCAGGUGUAUGAAGAGGUUGCUCGUUUGGGUUUUAAUCUACAUCAAAAAAUAAGAGCUUAUAUGCUUAUUAUAGUUAAACCAAACAUGGCUAACGCUUUUAUGGGUUGCCCUCCUAAACGAAGUAGUUUUUUCAUAAGCAAGUUGUUUCAUUCAAAUCUAAACUUGUUAAUUUGUAGUAUUUAAUUUUUUAAUUUUU